GCCGUGACCGCGGUCUGCGGCGAGCGUGGCGCGCCGCCGUGGCCUGCCGGGCAGAUGGGCGGACCUGCCGCCAUCUUGCACGCGGGCGGCGAGGUGCUCGAAGUGCACCCCCUGCGCUUGGGACAGAAGCUCAUCCUGGAGUUCCUCAGGGGCGCGUUCAGGGGUGCGCACGAGGCCUUCGUGGUCGAGAGGGACCAGCCUGUGUUUGUGGCGCAGCAGUUCAUCGGGGACUGCAAGAGCACCGAUGAGGAGGCCAGCGAGCCCGUAGAGGAGCCGACGAAGGCGUUCAGCGACCAGGUCGCCCGCGUGCUCGACCCGAGCAUGGACGCGCUGUCGUCGGAGCACGUCGGGGUCGCCGUCCACCUGCCGAUGGGCGAUGUCGUCGUCCAGACUGUAUGCGAGGAGCUCCCUGCAGUCCCUCUCUUCCCCGUGCUGGGCAAGCGCGGCCUGGCCGAGGACGAUCGGGACGUCGAGGACCUUCCCGAGGACGCGGUCAAGCUGGAGGCCGUGAAGGUCGAGGCGAAGACUGUGGAGGUGGCGAUGAGGCGUCAUGUCGAUCGCAUCCAGGUGCUGAACGCCUCUGCUGGGGAGACCGAGAAGAUCGGAAGGGGGCCCAAAGAGACCGAGAAAAUCGUGAAGGUGCCGAUGGCAGAGUACGUCGAGAACAUCGUUCACGUGCCGACGGGCGUGGCCCAGGAGGCCGAACAGGGCGUUUCGCGGUCCUGCACGGCGUCUUCAGCGGGGGCGUCGGCGGCGGGCGCCUCUGAGAGCGCCGCGGCGGGCUCCGAGCAGGGCGAACCCGUCCAUGAGUACGAGAAGGAGGUGAUGAAUGAGCCGGACGACGCGACGAAGGUCGCGAGCCUCUCUGGCGGCGGGGGGCCGAGCGCGAGGGGGCCGCGGGGCUGGGGGGCCGCGGUCGAGACCAACCAGCUGGCGCGCGCGAGGGCGGCCGCCGCGGCGGCGCGCCGCCGCGCCCAGCGGCGGCUCGAGCACGACGAGCUGGAAGGCGCAGCGGUUUUCGGUACCGCGGCGCUGGCGGCCCCGCGGGUGGCCACCCCCCAGCGCGAGGCGAUGGCGGAGGCGGAGGUGCCGACGGGGCUGGCCGAGGACGAGAGCCAAAGGGGGCGACGCGGCCUCUGCGACAAGAUCGCGCAGGCCUGCGACCCCUUCGAGCCUGGCCCCGAGGAGCACGAGGCUGCGCUCGGGAGAGUGCUGGAGGGGCUCGGGCUCGCAGUCGACGACUUCCGCUCCGAGCCCGCGGCGCCCGCGGGCAAGAAGCGGAAGCACAGGGGGGAGAGAAGGGGCCAGAUGAAUUGGGGCUGA